GUGCGGAGGCCGCGCGGGAGCCGGGAACGCGCCGGGGCCGGGGCGGGCGGCGCAGGUAGGCGCGGGGCCUGGCCGCCGGGCUUUGAGAGCCGGGCGACCAGUCUCCACAACCGCCCCGAAGCCCCCUCCCUCGCCGGCUGCGCCGUGCCGGCCCCGCUCCAGAAGCCAAAAAGGUCGCGCAAGACAAAGUGACCGAAAACCCGGGAGAGAAGCAAAGCAAGUGCGCCUGGCCGGAGGAGCGCGCAGACCCGGGGCUGGGUACGGCCCGCGGCCGCCGGAGGCAGAAAUAACGGGGCAUGGCCUGUUCUUGCCUCCUUGGGUAGCUGCAGUUUGGGUCAUCCAGCGAGGCCGCAGGAACUAAGGAUUGAAACCCAUUCAGAUCAAACAAGCCUACAAUUCUCAGUGUGACAAGAGUGGGAUUUGCUGUCCUGAAAUAGGAAAGCAAGUCAUUAACCUUGGACCCUCCAGCCUCUUCAUGAGAGACUAGACAGAUGGAAAUCUUCAACUCUGGGGAUAAAAAGAGGGUCCUUCCCACGUGGAUGACCGCCCAGGUGGCUGAGAAGAGAGCAGUGUUGGGGAAGACCCCUAAAAGGAGGAGAAUGGCAGCGGUGACAGUGGCAGCAGUAAGACUUCCUACAGUCAAGACCGUGUACUGCAUGAAUGAAGCGGAAAUUGUAGAUGUUGCUCUGGGGGUCCUGAUCGAGGGCCGCCAACAGGAAAAGCCCUUGGAGCAGAGCUCUCUGGCAGGAUCUGAUAAGCUGGAGCUCUCCCCUACGCACUGUGUGUCACCGAGUCCUCCGGGGAGCAGAAGUGAGGACGAGGACAAUGGGAGAGAAGCCCUUCCCCCAAGCCUCUGCCCUUCCCAGGGGUCCGAGGCUUCCAGCUCUGCCUGUAGCAGAAGCCCUAAGGAGGAUGAGGAUGUGUUAAAGUAUGUCAGGGAGAUAUUUUUCAGCUGAGGGAACAAACCAUUCAUAGGACAUUCUGCUGAGAGCAGCUGAAGACAGCAGGGCCUCCCCUCCCUCUCUGGGGGUGUCCCAAGGGUGCCGAUGGGGCUUUCUGUGUUCUCAGCUUUAUGUCUCCCUGGCUGGGCAGGUUCAUCCCAGAGCAAUGCUUCGGGCAUUGGGUGCUGCCUUUUUGAGUGUGUGAACUGAGUUCUCAUUAGAAUUCAUCCCUGUUUGCACUGUGCCCUCUCCCAGCCCAGAGGGUCUGGAAUCCAAGAGUCUGUUUUAUUCAGUAUUCAGGUUUCAGAAAAAAUGGUGGUCAAACUUACUGGAACCAGACAGUCAAUUUUUAAAGAGAAGUAUGGCUGCUUAGCAGACUAGAAUUCCUGCAGUUUAAUCAGCACAGUCUGUCCCUGCAGAGGAAGCCUGUUUUUAAAAGUUUCUAUCAUGAGUCAAUCAGCCAGUCGAUGAGCCCUUAGUCCUCCAGCCAGCCCUAAAGGCAGACAUGGUGCCCACACUUCCCUGCCUGUGUGGGAGCUUCAGGCUCACCAUAAACCCAGCUUGGCAAUUGGUGGAGCACACGGGCCUCCUCCCUGGAGCUGCCACCCUGGCCCCACCUGGAGGUCACGGCCUUUGGCAGACACUUUCUUGGCCCCUAGGCAGUUGCAAAGUGAGUGGGACAGAAGCCCAAAGGAGACACUUGGACACAUCACUCCAGAAUCCACAUUUCUUCCUCUGUAUUCACUGUGGCUUUUGACAGGCAUAGAAUAAGUAAACAAUUUGCCCUGUAGGUUUUCCGAUACAGAUACUGAAAGUACAUAAAAUUCCCCAAUGCAUACACUGUUGUGAUUAUAUUCUUUGCAAUUCUGGUUUGAGAAGUGAAAGUGCACAGCAUUUGUAUGUAUGUGGAACCGUUCACUCUUAUUCACCUUGCUCAGCCCUCCCUAGGAUUUGAAUUGUUUGCUCCUGUGCUCCCAGGACACCUGUUAGGAAUGAUUGGCCAUUUGGACUCCCUGCCCUAUUUGACUCCAGGGAAACUCUUCAGAGCCACCAAGCCUUCUCUUCCUGCCCCGUGUAUUCUGUCUUCAGUGAAUCCUUUGGAGGUCAGUCUUGGACCUCCAGCUCUUUGAGAGUGGAGUCCAUGGGGAGGGGCUCACACAUCUGACCCACCCUGGCCAAAGAAGGUGAGACUUGGAGCACACACAAGAAGGGUGGGUCAGCUUGCUCCCCAGCGCCCUAAGGGACACCAAGAUGCUCCCUCAUGAUGCUGCCCUCACCCUGCCCCCGUUUGUUGAUAAAAACCUACACUGGGUUCCAUCCGUCACUGCAGUUGGCAAUCAGACUGGAAAUCUGGCCCCAUGACAGGAAUCUUUAUCUUUCCCAUCCUCCUGAGGAUAAAGUAAGAAUUGUUUGCUCAGAUCAGUUAAAAAGCAGGAGCUGUGUGGUUUAGGGUGUCCUUGGGAGCCUCAGAAGUCCUGAAGGACAGACAACCCUCCACCAGGAAGCUGCAGGUGCCCAGCCAGCCUUGCUGCCUCUUGGCCUGAUACAUCCAGUGGCCUUGGUCUUUGCAGCAGCAGCUGAGGCCUCCCUGACACUGGGUGCCCCACCUCCUCCAUAGUGGGUCCCCUCUGCUAGAGCUUGCAGUCAGCAUUAGCUGUGAAACAGGAUGGCUGAGAAGAGAGACCAGCCCUUGAAUUCUCUGGCACCUUCUCUGAGCACAGUUCAAACUGCUCACAUCCUUAUAAUCAGGUCAAUAGACCUAGCAGCUCUCAAGCUUGCCCUUGUCCUUUUCUGCCCUCUGAGGGAGUGCAACUGUGGCCCAAAGCAAGAGAAUGAGUAAGGCCUGGGCCAUGCCCAGAGCUACAAACCCAGGCCCCAGGAGGGACAGCGUGAUCCACUUCCAUGUGUAGGAGAGGAAGAGACCCAGGCCGCUGGCCAGCAGCACCGAGGAAGCCGCCAGGAAGCCCACUGCCAGCUGCCUCUCCCCCUCGUCUCUGUUGCACCAAGCCAGGAGGAGAGGCAGGGGGACAAAGAGAGUGAGGACCAGGGCCCCGUACACGCCGAGCCGGGCCAGGGCCAGCCCGACCCGAGGCAGCCCCAGGGCCUCCAGCUCCGGGAAGUGGUGGCACUGCAGGGAGCCGGUGUCCUCGUUCCACAGGCAGAAGUUAUAGAAGCCGAUUCUCAGGUUGGGCUGGUCAACGAGGUUGCCGGCCUCCCAGAGGAGAGCGUGGAACAGCAGGGCGAUGACCAUGACUGUGAGGCCCAUGGUGCUCAGGAACCGCAGGAGGUGGCCCCGCCCGGGCUCCGCGACAGCCAUUCUCUCGGGCACCUGAGGGGACAUAACACCUGUGACUGGCCAGCUCUCCCUCGCCCACUUCCAGUUUCUUCCCAAGCUCCCGUUCGCCCUUCUGGCAUUCCAGAAAAACAUGGUGCAGCAAACUCCUUCGCCCACCCGGAGAUGAGAAAUCUGAGUAGACCUACAGCCAGGACCCCUGUGUAUCGGGCCAGAGCCCAGGAGGUUAACGCCUCCCAGCAGCUUUGAAUGCCUGACAGUGCCCCACAGCCAGAGGUGCUGCUGAAGGCUAAAUAGGACAGACCACUGGAAAUAUCUGUUUUAUUGUGGGGUAAUUUCUCACAUCCUUAUCUGAGGGCAGGCUCUGACUGGAGGGAGGAUGAAAGCUUUUGGUUACUGGGAACCUGACUUGGCAGAGCAAGGUGGCUAAUGUGAGGCUCACCUGGGGAGCCCGGCUGCACACCAAUUAUUAACUCAGCUCUUCUGAGGCUUGGGGCCGGGCCCUGGGGUGUUUCCAAAGCUGUGUGGCCCAUUGCAGUGGGAGGCAGGGCUGAGGAGCUCUGCUACCACGUGAUUCUACCUGCCUGGCUUUGGGGACCCAUUACUGGCUUAAGACAAGAUGUCAUCUGGUGAUGAAAUCACAUCCUAGUACUCCUUACUUUUAAAGUUUACCUUGACAACAACAGUAAUCUAUGUUAAUUAUUAACUUAGAAAAUAUUUUUAAAAUAAUAUAUAUACAUAACCUUUAAUCCCACCCCACAUUUCCAGUUAAUAUUCUGAUGUUUAUUUUCCUGUUUGCCAAUAUAUUUUUAAACAAUCAUCCUGUUGAACAUAAGCCUUUUCCACUGAACAUUGUAAGCAUUUUUCAAAGCUGUUAAAUAUUCUUCAAAAACAUGCUUAAUGGCUGCAGUAUAGAUCAUAUCAUAGAUUUAUUCAUUAACUAUCAUUACACAAGUUGUUUCUGUAUUUCACCAUUAUAAUGAUAGUCAGUGAAGAUGCUUAUAUGAUUUUUGUUUGAUUUUUCCUUGGGCUAAAUAUUUUGAACUGCAAUAAUUGUUUCAAGGGUAGAAAUAUUUUUGCAGUGAUUUUGCUGUAUAUUGCAAAUUGAUCUCCAGAAAACUUGGUAGUUUUAAUCCCUCUAGUAACAUAAAAAGUACCCACUUCAUCAUUUUUAAAAAGUCCUUUCACUACUUUAAAAAUCAGAAAGCCUUCUUCAAAUUGGCCUCUAAAACAGUAGUCUGAAAACUACACACAAACACACAAUACACACACACUUUUUCCCCAAUAUUGAAUAAAACAGUCAUUUAUAUCCGAAGUGACCGUGGAACAUAGUUCUGCAAGGCCCAAGGCAAAGAUGGGGAGUAUGUGGCCUCCUCUGACAGCACUCCUGUCAGGGCUGCCAGGUGUCCAGCAGUGGUGAGUGGUGGCUGCUGGUGGCCCUCGGGAGGGGCCUGGUGCCACUCACACCCCUGAGGAUCAAUUUCUGGAGGGAUCACUCAGGAAGAACGGCUCCUCCACCUACAGCUAGCCGAAGGAAGUCUGGCUGUACACCACACCUGUUCUGUAAGGGUGGAAAGAGACCAAAUGGAAAGAAAGAACAUGGGAUGAGGGAAGGGGACAUGGGACAGGCUGAGUGGUAGGAAGGCCCCAUUCAAAGGACCUGAGUGUGUGCAAAUUAUGAGAAUAACAUUAGGGAGCAUUGGCUUGGGGUGAGUCCGGUGCCCCUUAGACAGAGACGUAAACCACCCACGUGCAGUGAGGCCCAACGCCUGCCCUCUGCCACCUCAUGCUGAGGCACUGCUCCGGGCAGCCAGUGGGCUUGCACCCGUGGCUUCUGAAGUGGGAAGAUGAGAGGUCAUCUCAGCAGAGGCCUGGAAGCUGCCUCUCUGCAGUGUUUACCAUUCAAAGGCUUUGCAGUAUCCAUACAUGCUGACUUAGCAGGGAAAUCUCGAGAGGCCAAAGACCACUCUUUGAAUAUAGCUGGGAGAUUCUCGGAGCAACAAUGCUUGCUACAGAAAGCUUUAUCAGGAAAAUAAAAUGUGCCUGUAGUCCAUACGUUAUUAAAUUGGUAUGAUGAGAAGUUUUAACCAGUCCAGGCCAUAUAGAAAAAUUCCUACAGAAACAUAUUUUGUAUGGCUCUGCAUAUUUAACAAGAAGCCUGUGUGGCAGCCCGUGGCCUGAACAGAACAGGCCUGUGGACCUCGGCGUGCAGCAGUCUGCAUGACCUGGGCAGCUAAUGCUUAACCUAUCAUCUUUGUAAGCCAGUAAAGAGAAAAAGGGUAAAUUAACCUUAAAAUGUAACUUUAAAACGAGAAACGGGAAGUAAGCAGGUGAGAAACUUGGCCUCACAAAAGAGCAAGAUGUAAAUGUACCCCAGACCUCUGGCAGUCAAAUGUUAAUCUAGUCUACCUGCUUCUUGUGUUAUCACUCUUGUGGUUACCUAUCGAUAACCACCCCCACCACCACCCCCCACCUCCACCGUCCAGACUCUUUUCCCGCACUUGCACCCUUAGGAAUGUCUUUGUCUCAAACCGUUAUAAAUGGCUUGCUGUCCUCUUUGCAUCAUGCGUUCAACUUCCCUGCCAAUGUAAUGCCCGCCCGGCCUGAGAGAGCCAUCAUGAUCUCUCCACCACUUCUUACCCUGUUGGUAUGCCCUGAAUAAAAGUUCAUGUAUCAGACAAUGCCUGGUGUCUUCUUUGGCCUCUGGACAGGCAAAGUCCUCAUGGGCCAUGACACCUGUAUAUGUGUUUUUAAUCAAUUUAGGUAUUUUUGGGUGUCAAAUGGAUUUCCAGGACUGGAACCCUGUGCUUAGCAGAAAUGAGAUUUGACUUGUUUCCAUUGUCUGGACAAAGGAGGUUGUAAUAAAACUAGGGAAAUAAAAACUAUAUUUCCAUUAUUUUAAGCUUACAAUUGGGUCCCCCCCAAAUAAUUAUAGCUAAAUGUUUUUGAUUUGAAAACAGAGCUGACUUUUUAAAAAGUGGCUCCUCAGAGGAGGAUAUUGCAUCACCUACCUCCUGCUGCAGCUACUGCCAGGCACCCAGCAACUUUAUUUUUGACUUCCUCAUUUUCUCUCAACUGACCAUUUGGAGGUUUUAAGUGCAGAGUGAAACAAAAUAAAAUGAGCUAGAAAGCCCAUGACACAAGCACGUGAAGAAGGUGGUAGUUUCCAGUUUCCUGUUUUCUUCUCACCUCUUUAUACACACAUGGAAUUCAGUACUAGUUCCUGAACCCGGUGCUUGAGGAUCUCCACCCUCUGGCACAACAACAACAAAAAACCUGAAUUUGCAAUUCUCCAUUCAGGCCCAGCUCAGUUCCAUCUUCUGCUUUUGCUUUGCAUAGCCCAGCAUCUGCUCAGGCUAUUCCCACGCUCAUCUGCCCACCCUCUCUAGCCACUCCCCAACUCCCUUGUUCUCUACCUCUCUAAAUCCUGCCGAUUCUUCCUGAGCAUUCCAGAACCACACACUGAAUUCAGCCAUAAACUGGAACGUUUGCACCACCAAAAUGUAAGCUCUCUGAGGAACAAGCUUCAUCUAUUUUGCUAUCCAUUUUAUCGCCAGAAUGGUGUCUGAUAUGUAGUAGGAACUCAAUAAAAUUUUUGAAUGAAUGGAAAUGACAUAAAGUAUUCUUCAGUUUUUCCUUCUUAAGAUAGCAAUGCUUCCUGAGGUGAGGAGACCUCUUUUAUGUCUCAUUGAAACACCCCCACAGCCCUCAGUACAGUGCUUGGCUGUUUCAAAAAUGCCUCCUAGGUGAGAUACGGAAAGAUGGGGAACUCUUGCACUGAGAGGUUGGAGGCUUGUCCUAGCUUCUUAUUCUAGAUGUUUUACAGUGGAAGUCUAUGGACAUGUGGCUGGAAACCUUGCACCACUAAGUGCCCCUCUUUCCUCAGCUAUCCUGAACACCUGUACAUUUUUUUGGCUUUUAACAUCCUAGUAAUCCUGUUCUCACCACAAUAAGCUUUUUAAUUCUCUUUCAUGAUAAGCCUGUGUUUCCUUCACAGGGCAAAAGGGAAGAUUGCUGAGUCAUUAUUGCCAAAUUUGGGUGACUUUUUUCCUGUUUAUAAUAAAGUAAUACAUGCUGAGUGUAGAAAACUAGAAAAAUACGUCAGUGUGGAGGAAAGCCGAAAAAUCAUCUAUAACUGUGUGUGAAAUGCCUUUGCCUUUUUUUUUAAAUCAAUUUGAGUUUUAGUUUGAAAUAACCUAACAACUUAUUUCUC